UCGAGCUUCUACAAGACACCAAUAUUCUUCAAGCUUCUCAAAUCAAACUAACAAACAUGCAGCAGGAUGGGGGUUCUGAUACGGAGGUGACUUGGGAAGACCAGCAGAACAUCAACAAGUUUGGAAGAUUAAACAACCGCUUUCACGAGCUCGAGGAUGAGAUCAAAAUCGCCAAGGAAACUAAUGAUAAUCUGGAGAAGGAUGAAGUGGAGAGUAGGAUAGAACAGAUGAAAGAGAUGACAAGCAAGAACUUGGAAAAACUCGAGGAAGAAAGGGAUUCAAUUCUUGCACAGAUGGCCGAGUUGAAAAAGAUUUUGUAUGGGAAGUUCAAGGACUCCAUUAAUCUAGAGGUGGAUUGAUACGGAUGAGAGUUGCAACUUCUGUCAAUUUGGUUGGCAAGUUAUUAGGGGAAUGACUUUCAGCAGAUUCUGAUGCUUGGAUAUUAUUGCAGUCGUCUUCACCACCAAUAGCUUUGAUCUCCUGCGAGGAAAAGGCUCAAAAGUGCUUCCAAUCCUUAUUUUCAUCACAAGGAUUGCUGAUCCUAUUUUUGACCCAAGUGGCUGAGAUUGGUCAUAUGGAUAUGAAUAGGUGUGAUGAUACAUCGUCUUAGUUGGAAUUGGAAAUGUUAUAUUCAGGGUAGGAUCCUGUCUCUAGACCGUGUGAAGACUUUGAAUCAAGGCAUUUAUUUCCAUUAUGGGUCAGCCUGUUCAUUCAACUCGGG